AGUGCAAAUGAAAAAUAGUGACCUUUAAUAAGAUAAAGGGCAGUUAGAAUAAGAAAGUACUGGAUGGCAUCCCAUUCUUUGAAAAAUCCUAAUGAGUGCUUUCCGUUCCCCAAUUUCUCCUGCUCUCCUCCCACUGGUGACAUGUCAUCCGUGAAAUACGGUUGUCCUGCCUCCCAUUCUCCCAUUUUACUCUCCUUUACUGGUUUUCAUUUAUGUCUCCUGGGUUAAUAUACUAAUGGCUCAUUGAUCUAAGAUGAUCCAGAUUGGUUGCAAAGACAAGCCUUAAAAUAACACACACAGAACCUGUUUACCUGGCGUCAUUCUCACACUGACGGCUCCGUCUGGACCUUGGCGUUGCUGGUGUUUUUUCAAGGGCAGACGUUCUUCAUGGAUAGAUGUCUUACAGGGAGUGCUGCUGUUUUCCUGGAACUUAAUGCGUGACCUACCAAGGAACUAGAACAUAUGAUUCUGGGGGUUCUCUCGUUCCCUGACGACAUAAAGAAUGAUUGUGAGUGGAAAGAACUUUAUGGGAGCCAGCCUGAAAUGUCUUCAGUAAAUGUGCCUCCCUUACUCCACACACACAGGAAGCUCACGGAAAGGAAACUUUUAAAGAACUGAACAUCCAUGUUGGGGCUGGCGGAUCGCUAGAUGGAAAGGCAAGGGUCAGGCAGGCAUAAAUGGACAUGUUGAAACCAUCAAAAACAGGUUCUAGGACAUGAAGACCUAGGGAAAUGGUCACCUGGAUGUCAGCAUGGCAGCCACAAACCUGGAGAACCAGUUACACAGUGCGCAGAAGAACCUCUUAUUCCUGCAGCGGGAGCACGCCAGCACGCUCAAGGGGCUGCACGCCGAGAUCCGGCGACUGCAGCAGCACUGCACAGAUUUGACAUACGAACUGACAGUCAAAAGUUCUGAACAGACAGAUGGGUGUUCCAGAAGCGGCGAGCUGCAGAAGCGGUGCGAGGCGCUGGAGGCGCAGCUGAAGGCCAGGGAGGCGGAGAACGCGGAGCUGCUGCGGGAGCUGGAGCAGAAGGCGGCGGCGGCCGCGGUGCUGGAGCACACCCUGCGCGAGCGCGAGCGCAAGUACCUGGAGGAGCUGAAGGCCAAGAGCCACGCGCUGAGCCUGCUGUCGGGCGAGCUGGAGCAGCGCGCGGGCACCGUCGCCUACCUGACGGCGCAGCUGCACGCCGCCAAGAAGAAGCUGGCGAGCUCCAGCGGGACCUCGGACGCCAGCCCGUCGGGGAGCCCCGUGCUGGCCAGCUACAAGCCGGCGCCCCCCAAGGACAGGCUGCCCGAGACGCCGCGCCGCCGCAUGAAGAAGAGCCUGUCGGCGCCCCUGCACCCGGAGUUCGAGGAGGUCUACAGACUCGGGGCCGAGAGCCGGAAGCUGCUCCUGCGGGAACCGGUGGACGCCAUGCCCGACCCCACGCCGUUCCUGCUGGCCCGGGAGUCCGCCGAGGUGCACCUCAGGGAGCGGCCGCUCAUCCCGCCCAUCGCCUCCGAGCGUAGCGGCGAGCAGCACAAGGCCCACGUGGGGGUGGCCCACCGCAUCCACCACGCGGCCCCGCCCCCGCCGCCGGCGCCGGCGCAGCCCGAGGUGGAGACGCUGGCGGUGGACCAGGUGAACGGGGGCAAGGCGGCGCGGAAGCAGCCCGGCACGGACAGAACUGUGUGAGCCGCGCCGCGCACCGUGAGCACUGCUAGGAAGCUCAGCCGCACUCGUUUUGCCCCACGCAUGCCAAAUUGUUUUCAGACCUGUCCGACUCUCCUCCUCUUGCCCUCUUACACCAGACUACGACCGAGCCCUGCUGCAGAAGACGCAGUCCCCAGCCGCCACGGCCAGACACCUGCGUGCCGGUCGCUUGCUUCUACCCACUCCGCGUCCGUGAAGCGCGCCCGCGCCCGGCCGUGCUCUG